UGCUGACUGCCCGAACCUGCACAGCGCACCAGCCCACCUGAGGCACUUUGAUCGCAUUUCGAUUCGCCCACGACACGCGACCGCUCAGCACAGGACAAACUGUAGACUACCGCACCACCUCUACCUCCACCUCAAACGAUAUAUCUGACGAUCUUCACGGCCAACCAUACAUUACCCACCCUUCUCGAACAUAUCUUUGUAUAAUGUCUCAUGGUGCAACGGGCACCGCCAACACAAACACCAACAUGGCGUUCACGAACGCAGCACGAUCGUUCAACAGUGCCAGAAGUACAACCACAACCGAAAAGAAAUCCAACACGAACGGCAUUGUCAAGCCAGCUGCGACAGGGAACACAUGGGGCGGCACCACAAUAUGGAGCAGCGGAGCAAAUGGCUUCGCGAUGCCCUCACUAGCUCGAGAGAAUUCCUCGUCGCGUGAGCACAAUCCACAACCAUUGGCAGCCAAGGCUGCUGAGGACAUUGAAGGAAAGACUGGUUCGGGAUCGCUCGUGGAGUCGUCGAUCUCCGAGGACUAUGCGAACAGAUCGUGGGCCAAGCGUGGAUCCAUUCCUGGUCGUACUCUAUCGAGCGGGCUUCCAAACGACAACAUGCUGUCGCAACAACGAAGUGGGAGCAACGCCGGCUUGCAAGCCAUGUCCGGCGCGAGCCAGAAUCUCAUGGGCUUUGGGACGCGGCCACCUACGAUCAAUCUCAAUCAGGCAGGGCAGCCUCGACCGCGAUACAGUUCCGCUUUUGAAAUGAAGAACGACUUCAGCGUGCGCUCCAGCGAACAGCCGCCAUUCAACGUAUAUACUAAAUUCGACCGACCGAUCGAUCCCUCGCACCGGAAAUCCGAGUUCGCCAACGGCUAUAAAUCUUCUGCCACACAAUCGCCCAGCGACGAGAGACGGCCUCCAUUCUCUUCACAAUACAAUCGCAAUGCUAGUAUGCCUGCCUCCCGAGACGGCAGUCUGCCAUCAUCCCGCGGAGCAGAGGAGCCUCCUUCCUUCACGCGCCCAGACUAUGGCAGAUCGUCACAACGCGCCACACCGAACAACUCGCGCGCUCCCUCGAUGUCAUCGGGUCGCAACGGAGCUUACAAUCCUUAUUUCAACGUCGAACACGUCGCCUCGAACAUGCAACAGUUCUCAUUCAACGGCGAGAACCGAUCACCCGCUACGUACAAGCCGAUGAACGGCUUUCAAGGUUCGCAUCCAGUAGCUGGUUCACGACCAAGCACGCAGGCUGGCAACAACUUCUACCACAACCAUGAUGACAUUGUCGAUGAAAUAGAUCGGGCGAGCGCACACUACCUUGACAUGGAGGACUAUGCUACGGCCCCACCCGCCAACCACUUCCCACCUUCCUUGGCAGAGAGAUAUUUCAACGCCGCAGGCCCAGCGGAAUUUCGACCUGGUCAACCAUUUAUGAGUGGCGCAGCUGCCCGGUCUCAUGAUGUCUCUGCCGCCUUGAGGUCACCUUCUGAGUGGUCGGGCUUCUGCAAUGGCGUUCAAAUGGCGAGUCGGAGGUCUCCCGCUGCCGAUAACAGCCAAUACAUGAGUGCUCACGUUCAGCAACUGAUGGCUGCCCAGCUUCGCAACAAUCCGUAUGCGAGUCUGUACAAUCCUUAUGCCUUACAGAUAAACCCACACUUCAUGCAGCUCAUGCCGAUCAAUACCAUGGGGCUCGAGGUGCCAACGACGCCUCGAGACAGCCCUAUUGGCGAAAGUGUUCAGAGCGCACUCAUGUACGAGUUCAAGUCAAAUACGAAGAACAAACGAUGGGAGCUACGUGACAUCCGUGGUCACGUCGCAGAGUUUGCUGGAGACCAACAUGGAUCACGAUUCAUACAGACGAAGCUGGAAACCGCCAACUCUGAUGACAAGGAUAUGGUCUUCAACGAAAUCGAUCCCAACGCCAUACCUCUCAUGACAGACGUGUUCGGCAACUACGUGAUUCAGAAAUUCUUUGAGCACGGCGAUCAGCGACACAAGAAGCGACUGGCCAAGAUCAUGCAUGGCCAAGUCCUGAGUCUGUCUCUGCAAAUGUACGGAUGUCGAGUGGUCCAGAAGGCCCUCGACCACCUACUUGUCGACGACCAGACGCCCCUCGUCCUCGAACUUGACAACCACGUACUCAAGUGCGUAAAGGAUCAAAAUGGCAAUCAUGUAAUCCAGAAGGCGAUUGAACGCUGCCCAGCUGCCAACCUCAAUUUCAUCGUGGCGGCGUUCCGAGCCCAGGUUCAGCAUCUUAGCAUACAUCCCUAUGGGUGCCGCGUCAUUCAGCGAUGCCUCGAGAAGAGUGAUCUACCAAACCGAGCCCUGGUAAUGUCAGAACUGAUGCAGGGAGUCAAUGCCAUGGUAUCUGACCAGUUUGGCAACUACGUCGUGCAGCAUAUCGUCUCUCAUGACCACGGCGAAGGUAAACAAAAAGUGCUCACCAUCGUCGCACAAGGCCUCGAAGGCUACAGCAAGCACAAGUUCUCCAGCAAUGUGGUCGAGAAAUGUCUGGAGCGCUCUGAUGAUGUGUAUCGGAACAGCGUCAUGACUAAAUUGCUGGACGACAACGCACGACGAACGGAGGGUGAAGGCGUUCUGCUUGGCAUGAUUCGCGACAGUUAUGGCAACUAUGUGAUCCAGAAAUUCUUGGAUACCCUUGAAAUCAACGACUACUUCGUGUUUUGCGAUCACCUCCAGGCACCUCUUCUGCAAGCCAAGCGCUCAGGAGCCGGCAAGCAAGUCCUGGCCAUCGAGAAAAAAAUGCACAGAUUUGACCACAUUCAACGGAAUGGCAACAGCAACCAUAGCGGCCACUAUCACAUGCAAUCUGGUCCGGGCUAUCACAUGCCCAUGCAGAUGCCUAUGACCGUGGCGCCAUAUGCCAGCAAUUACAACUCUGCCGCGACGACACCGCCACCACUCACGGCGGACACGCAGAGUCUACAGAGCUCAUGCCUUCCCAGCAUCAACGGUGAUGCUGUCGAAGGUGCUGCUGCGAGCAGAAAAGGCAGCGAUCCAUCAAGCAUGCACAGCAUUGAUGGUGUACACAGGUGACUAUUUUCAUGACCACAAAAAAGGGGAGAGACUCUUCACAACUACUUAGGGAGAGGCGCAACUUUCUGGCUGCUAGCUAUAUCUGCAUAUCGAAAGGAGUAUUUGGCGGGCGUACAGACGAACAGAACAUUGGACGGAAUCUUUUAAUAUUAUGGCAACACCAUGUCCUGGACGAGACACAGGGAGUACACCGACUAGAAGGGCGACGAAGUUCUUUUUGGUUGUCUUUUUCUUCUGGGAUUUGGUUUCAGGUCUUCUCUGUAUGACUUAUGAUUGGAAUAUGAAUACCGGAAAGCAAGCAUUGGAACGUCACAGGUGAUGGAAUCAUGGAUGGAUACCCACUGUUAUUUGUAUGAACUAUGUACUGAGCACAAUCGCUUAUGAGCACA